AUGUCCUUAUUCGGCGCGCCUCCCGCUGCGGAGGCGCCUAAUCACACCCACGCGCCAUCCCACUCGCGUUCCAACUCGUUUUUCCAUGGCCGCCGCCAUUCGCGCUCCUCCUCCCUCGUCUUCAAGGAUUUCCCCCCGCAAAUCUCGCACCAGCGCGAUCCGUCCUUUGCCGAAUGGACCGGCGGGAAAGACCCCCGCACAUUGGCACCCUCCUCAUCCCCUCCGCAACCCACCGUUCCGCCGCAGGAACCGUCAGACUCAUGUCCCCUGGACUCCUCUUCCCCUCUGCCAAACCUCUUUCCGCUUAAGGAGCUGCAACAGGCUUCUUCCCCUUCGUCACUGCCGCAAUUAGGCAAGGUGAAGGAGCAAUGGCGGUCCAUCUCAAGCCUCUCUCUCCCUCGCGCAUUUUCCGGCCGCCUAGAGCACCUCGCCAUCCCCUCCCCCUCGGUCGAUCACGCUUCUAAGAACCGCCCACAUCCCUUCUCUCUCUUCCUGUCCUCGCUCCACGAUUCUCCGUCCGAAGGCUCCGCGGAGCCUUCCCCCGCGUCGCUUAUUAACUCCCCGAACUCCCCCAACUCCCUCAUUUCCCCCGACUCUCUUAAUUCCCCAUGCUACUCCUAUUCCACCGCGACUAGCUCCGCGGCUUCCACGCCUUUCGGCGGGCCGCCUUCGCUUUCAUCCCUCACCACCACCCCUUCCUCCGCCUCCCCUUCCUCUUCCACCUGGUCAGACCUCUCCCCUUCCGUCGCCUCCUCUUGCUCCUCCGCCGCUUCCCCGUAUCCCCUGCUCCGCCUCGCGCUCGACAGCCCCUCGGCGCGCAGCCCCUCCGUGCGGAGCCCUUCCGCUUCCGCCAAGGGCGCAGCCGCGCGCCUCUUCGACAGCCCGCGCAGCCGGUGCCAGAGCCCGCUAAGCCAAAGCAGUUUUCCGCCGUCGCAUCUGCAACCCUCCGCCCACCAUGGCGCGUUUCCGCGCUCGGGGAGCGGCGGAGCCGCUGCGCCCAGCCUGCUCGGGGGAGCCGCCAGCGCCUCCGCGUGUGCCGAUGGCGCUGUUAGCGAUAACAUGCUGACUAGUCCUGCUGCCGCCGGCGGGAGCCUGAGUGGCGGAACCUGUAGCGCCCGGAUGAGUGGGCGAACGGAAAGCGCGGGAGAUAUCGCAAGUGGGAGCAGCGACGGCUCUUAUCCCCAAACUGGCCGCUCCUCUGCUGACACGUGUCAGGAAUCAACGGCAGAGCUUGACCGCGGGCUGACGGACAUGGCGGCUGCAGCCGCCAUUGCUGCCGCCGUUGGCGGGCCAUGGGCGGCAGCGGAUCGAUUCCGAGUGGAGAGCAGCGCAGCGGCAGAUAGGCGGGCGGAACGGAGGCGGCGGUCGAAGGAUGGCAAUCGCAGCGGAAGCGGGAGUGGGAGUGAAGGGGAGACGGGCAGCCGGUCCGGGCGGCAUAGGCGCGACAGUUACAGUGACGGUCAGAGAGACGGUCGCAGACACCGGCACGAGGGGCGACAGCAAGGGAAGGAGAAGGGGGUCGGUGCGGAGAGCAACGAGCGGCAGAUGUACCGGCAGAAGCGGCACCAGCAGCACUACGAACGGCACCAUCACCAGCACCGCCACUCGCAGCAGCCGGAGCGAGCCGUGCAAGGGCGAGAGAGGCGAGACUCUGCCGACUUCUGGCUGUACAAGUCGUCGAGUGUCGGUGGCGGUGCUGUUGGCGGUCCGCAGCACAUGUCGCGAGUCAUUCCGAACCACCCCGACCAGCUAUCACCAUCGACAGGCCCCGCUGUCCUCUCAUGCCCCGGGCUCCAAGCGUCGGUGGUUGCUGUCGCUUCUCCGCGGUGGCAGCAGCAGUAG